UUUCGAAUUUUGUUUAUCUAACUUCCUUCUCGAAAUUAAGAAAAGACAGACCGACAGACGAACAAAAGUAGUGAGAAUGUACAAGCUACAAUGUUUUUAAAUUGCAAUUAAUAAUACAGUAUAUUUAAAAUAAUUCAAUCAAUUAAAAUUAUAAACGACGGUUAUUUAGAAACAAUUUAAAAUUAAUUUAAAUAAUAGAACGAAAACGUUAAUAAGAAUGUUUGAUUCGAAAAUCUGCGAGAUGAAAAUGUAUUGGCUUAACAUAUUAAUGAAAAUUGGGAUAAUAACUUUGAUGAAUUUUUACAGCCGAGCCAAAUAUGAAAAUAUAUACAAAAUAAGUGAGUACAAAGACAUAUGGGUGACAAUUCGCUUAUUUAGUUACGGAGAAAUCUCUGUUAUUUUCCAUUCGCCGUUAUUCGGAAUAAAAGAAUUUCGUCGCAGUAGAAACUCUACCAUCUUUUCGGCCGCGACAAAAGUCUACCUGUGUACAGGAAAGAAUGUAUACAAGUAUCACCUGAAAAAUAUUCGAGGAUUGUUUUUCGUAGAAAGUGAAAGCCUUUUUGGAUAUUUCUAUAAUGAUAAGUUUACCGGAAGAUUACAAUUCCCCGACAAAGCUUAUUAUAUCGAACCUUAUACUGAUUAUCUUUUCGAUCUAAGGUAUACCGAACAAUCUAUUGUCUAUAAUUUGAUAGAUGUUAAAUAUACAUUUAAACGCCACUAUACAAAUUUUAUUUGUAACGAGGUAACGAAUGAUACCGAAUUAAAAGGAACCGACUGCAAUUACGCAAAAUUGAUGGAAACUAUAUUAAGUGUUAAGAAUACUAAAAGUUUAUUUUGUAGCAGUAAAAGGAGUUGUUCGUUAGAACUCUUGGCAGACUACACGUAUUUUAAAAGAAUGAAUAAUAACAUCAAGAGAAUAGUGGCACAAAUGAUGUUUUACAUCAUGAACGCAAAUAAUAUCUUUAAAAAUUUAGACAUAGACGAAGAUGGAAUUGCAGAUAAUAUAGGGUUUAACGUGGAGAAGGUUACAAUUUUCCAAGAUGAAGACAGCCCGAACUAUCCUUUUCGGCAAAAUAUAAACUACACUCAUACGACUUACUUAGAUCAAUUAGCUCGUUAUUCUCAUCCCUAUUGCAUGUUGAUCUGCUUUUGUCAUAGGGAUUUCUGGACCGAAUCGACGUAUUCGGUUGGAAAAGUGAAAAAGCGAGGAGGAAUAUGCUCCCGUGAAGGGCACGAAGAUGCCAAGAUCAUGAAUAAUGUGGGAUUCGUUACGGAUAUAGAACGUGGAUUCCUAUUGCCAAAAGUUGAAGUAGCCGCCAAUGUACUACACCAAAUGGGCCAUGCAUUUGGUUGCCCGCACGACCCUGAAAAUUGUAAACUAAAUGAUACCAACGGACAUUACAUCAUGCAUCCCGACAUUCCCCUUUGGAUAACUUCAAGUAAUUUAAAAUUUUCUCCAUAUUGCAAGAAAAAAAUCAAACAAUACUUAGAAAGGAAAGAAAUAGAUUACUGCCUGAAGACACUGCAAAGAUCAGUUUGUGGAAACGGAAUUGUGGAGGAAGGAGAAUCCUGCGAUUGUGAUGAUUCUACCGGUCAAUGUGACAUAGAGAUGACGUGCUGUACGUCCAGAAACUCUUCAUUACCAUGCACGAUUCAAGAAGGAAAAGACUGUUCCCCUGCUACAGACGAAUGUUGCGAUUUGAAUUGCAGAAUGAACACGCGCGACAACGUAAAGUGUUUCAGCAACGUACCAUGUUACAACACUUCUAAUGAAUGUAAUAAACUGUCGCCAUUUUGUCCGUUGAUACAGGAGCCAGACCAAUCACCGUGUUUAGGAACAGCAAAAACAUGUCGUUCCGGAAAAUGUAUUAGCAACGUCUGUGAAGACAAUAAGCUAAAGAGUUGCAAUUGUUUGUCUUUAAAAUGGGAAUGCCAUAUUUGUUGCGAAAGUAAACCCAAAAUCUGUCAAAGUGCUCAGUCGCUUGGAUACGUUCCGUCCAAUCAUCAACUGUACGUAAAUGUAGAAGGAUCGCUUUGCGAUCAGAAUUUUGGAAUAUGCACGAGUAACGGGUACUGUUCUUCUAAGAAAAGUUACAUUGCAUGGUACUAUAUGUCACCGUUGCCUUUCAUUGUACUAAUAAUUGUAGCUAUAGUAUAUCUUCCCGGAAAAUCGAAACCAAAAAACACCGAAGACGUUCUAACGACAAUACAAAAGAAGAAGGUGGUCAAAUCGCAACAGAAAUCUAAAGAAGAAAAGCGAUCGCCGAUUCAAAACAUGAAACAGCGAAUGUCUUCGUUGGGCAUAAAGUCCAAGAAAGGUGCAGAAUUACCUACAGAAGACAAAGAAGAAACUCAAGAACCUACUCGAGUCAAGAAAAAGACAAAAUUGCCAAUUAGAGUCAAGCAAAAGAAGACACCAGAGAAGAGCAUCAAGCAAGAAAUGCGGGGCGAACAAUCCUUAUACAAAACCCGAGUUCAGCAAGAAGAGCAAUCGACUGAUCGAGCAAACCGUGCCAAGAAAGUGAAAGUAAUUGUCAAGAAAAAGAGGAAACCGACGUCAUCAGAUGAUUAAAAUUAAGUUAUAAUCACUUUAAUUCGGUCUUAUACUAGCAUUGUGAUCAAUUUUAAUUUCUGUAAUUAGAAAUAAAUAAUUUUAUUUG